CACCAUUGUGGCACAAUCACACAAUUGAAAGCAGCGGCUCAAUUCUCUGUUCGAGAAACAACUCUGAACCGUUUACACAUUGUGGCAAGUUCUCGGUUGUUUGGAUAACAACUAAACGUUACGAUGCACAGGCUCAUAUCUACUCACCAGAUUCAAAAGAAUGGGAGUUUCUAGCUCGAUCAACUCCGAUGCUGUCAGAGAUUGACCGUAGACCGGCAACUCUCAUAGGGGGUAUUUUGUACUGGCCAACGAAGUCUAGAUAUAUCAUUGAGCUUGACCAUGCAAAGAAGGCUCUGAAAUAUAUUCAGUGCCCUCAUGAGACGCAUGAUAUAUUCAUGCUUAACAUUCACAUCUUCAAGGGACAUAAUGGAGAUGUUGCCCUUGCUGUUAUAAGAGACUUCACCCUACAAACAUGGGCCAGUACAAGAUCAUCAACAGGCGAUCACGAGUCAUGGACAUGUCAUAUAAAUUUUGAAUUGGAUACUUUUUUUGGCCUUGACACAUCAUUUCCAUACAAUUGGAAACAUGCAGUAAGGUUACUCUGCGUAUUUGAGGACAAAAAUGAGCUGGUUGUACGGGCAAAGGAGGGAGUAUUCCAAUUAGAUAUGAGCAACUGGCAGUGGAGAAAGUACAAUUCUGCUAGACGUUGGUGCACUUUACAUCCCUACUCAGUUAGACCGGUAACCGACCUGAUCCAGAGUGCAACAUCAAGGACACGAAAAAGAACGCGCUGUCAGGAACCCAUCUAAUUCAAAGUUCAACAUCCAUAAGAGAAAAGGAAGUCGCAUAUGAAGGAGCAAGGCUUGUUUGGGCAAGAAGUGAUAGCCCAGCUUUUGUUUGGUCUGAUGUCUUUUAGUUUUCGU